AUGGCUUCCUCCGCGACGGUUCCGGCGUCCUUCUGCUCCCAUUCUCGGCUUCAACAGGAAGGGCGGGACAUGCGGAGGAUCUCCGCCAAUCCCGGGCUUCUGAUUCGAUUCCGCCAGGGGAGGAGGCUGCGUUCACCAGCAAGGUUUCGGAUCAACGCCGCGGCGGUCGUUGUUGAGAAGGUAGGGAUCGGGCUUUACUUCCUGAGACUGGUCUCGGAUCACUGUGACUGUGGAGGAUUUAGUACGCCUGCUAGUCUUAGAUUUGUUCCGGUCGUUCCUUCACAUCUUAAUCUUCAGAGUUUUCAAUAUUGAAUCGAGAAACUUCACCUUUGCAGGAGGAAAGGGCGCAAGACAACGCUAGUCCGGAAUUCGACAUAUUUGCGUGCCCAAUUUGCUAUGAGCCACUGAUAAGGAAGGGGCCCUCAGGCCUAAACCUGUGAGAACUCCUCAUUUCUGAACCUCUCUGGCAUGCCUAUUAUCUUCGCUUGGCUAUCUGAACGUUGGUGUGGUUCAUCAGGUCGGCCAUCUACAGGUCUGGUUUCAAGUGUGAAAGGUGCAACAAGCCAUUCUCAAGCAGGAAUACGUUUCUGGAUCUCACCGUCACAUCCGGGACUAGGGAGUACACUGAAUUCAAGCCUUCAAGGACUGAGCUGUUCAGGUCCGUGACGUAGUACAUGUUUCUUCUUGUUUGUGUGCCUGCGUUUACUUUUGCAAAAAGAGUGAAGUUUCCUCUAAUGUUUCGAAGGCCCUCUGUGGCUUUGGCACUUUGCCCUUGCUUGAGUUUUCUCGCACAAACAAGAAGAGGUCGAGAACGAGUGGAGAAAGAAAGGGGAUAGAGAGAGAGAGAGAGAGAGAGAGAGAUGCGCAGAACCCUCCCUCGGAUGUGUAGUUUGAUUCCUCAAGGGGUUCCAGGGGACCUAGAGACCCAUGUGUAAAACAGGACUUCACCGGCUUAAAUGAUUUGAAUUCCAGGAUACCAAAAGACCCACCCAUCUACGAGGUAAAAGAAUCAUUUCUAAAUUUGGAAGACUGGCUAUUGUUUUAUAUCUGCGUCCUAUCUCAAGUAACAAUAUUAAAUUCAAUCAGGAAAUGCUCGUUUUUUAAAAAAAAUAUAUGAACCUUUAUUCGGUAAAGCUUCUUGCAACUAUGAUUCCGGAAGGCAGAAGACCGAUUUUGUCAGACUGAUGGGCAUUUUCUUUGGCAACAAAUAACUAGAAUUUCUAUUUUCUGCCGUUCAAUUCAUAACUUGAUUACACCUGCAAAUCUGGGGACUUCAUAAUUAUACGCUCAUGUGUGUUUAAUUUGUUCCCUCUUCAGGAGUCCACUUGUCUCAUUUCUUUAUGAGAGGGGAUGGCGGCAGAAUUUUGCUCGAAGUGGCUUCCCUGGCCCUGAUGAGGAGGUAUUAUACAAAAAUAAAUACCUAAUUAAUCAAAAUAAGUUAAUUUAUAUAGGCUCGUGUUUUAUAUUCGUUGACUGGAUUCACAUGACGUUACUGAUUAUUAUUAUUACUAUUAUUAUUAUUAUUACUACUAUAUUUCUUCAUCCUCUGUGGUAUUAUACUGAGAAUGUUUCACCCCUGCAGUUCAAAAUGGCUCAGGAGUACUUCAAGCCUGUAGCAGGUGGGCUUCUAUUAGAUGUAAGCUGUGGGAGUGGCCUGUUUUCCAGAAAAUUCGCCAGCUCCGGGACUUUCUCCGGAGUCAUUGCACUGGACUUCUCUGAGAACAUGCUUCGCCAGUGCUAUGAGUUCAUUGCGAAAGAUGAUGCUCUCUUGAAUGCGUAAGCUAAUUCUGGUAUUCCAUUUUAGUCAAUUUUGUAGAUGAUUACCUUGAACCUGUGGUCAUCUCUAAAUCGGCUCUAAAACGUUGUAGACCUGAAACCAUAAAUCCUAAACAUAUUGUCUCGUUAGAUCAAAUCCUAUGCAAGUAAAGGAACCCACUUGUCAGUUGACUUUAUGCCUUGAUGAAAAAUGCUUUCGUGAGGGAUCUCAUAUUAGGAAGAGGACAUGAGAGUAUCUGCCCAAAAAAUUAAAUAAUGAUUAAAGAUCAUCAGUAUUGGGUUCACUGCCAUCAGGUUUAUGAAAUUGUUGAAGCAGUUUAUCAAUAUCUGGAUUUCUUGAAAGAUAAUAGAGCUCCUAUGCCCAUGUUUUCAAUCUUCAGCCUCAAAAAUAUUCUCUCUCUCUCUCUCUCUCUCUCUCUCUCUCUCUCUCUCUCUCUCUCUCUCUCUCUCUCUCUCUCUCUCUCUCUCUCUCUCGCUCAUGCUCAUGAGAGCAUGUCUCUCUACUAUUAGUUAAUCUUCUAGUGGUUCCACAUGUGGAUGUAAUUUUCAGGAACCUCGCUCUUGUUAGAGCGGAUGUCUCAAGGCUCCCCUUUGAAUCGGGUUCCAUCGAUGCUGUUCAUGCUGGUGCGGCCCUCCACUGCUGGCCUUCACCUUCUAAUGCGGUAAUCCUUCUCCCUCUCACCAUUGCAGCUACCUUAGAUCCCUCGCUUCCGGAAAAACCCUGCCCCAUAUGGAUAACUAUUCAAGAAAAUUGCCAAAACUGGAAUUGCGAACCGACAACUGGAUGGCCCGUUGACUCUGAUGAACAUGAACCUGAGGACCCACUUACCCUUAUGAUUCUUAUCUGGAGUUCCUCCUCUUCACAGGUCGCCGAGAUCAACCGCGUCCUGAGAAGUGGGGGCGUCUUCGUCGCCACCACCUUCCUUUCUACCCGGUUAAACACCCCGCCCCCCCUCGGCCCUCUCGGACAGGUAAGUCAAACCCCACAUCUCUCUCUCUCUCUCUCUCUCUCUCUCUCUCUCUCUCUCUCUCUCUCUCUCUCUCUCAUAUUCUCUUUUGUGGUGGAUCGGACGCAGUCUAUAGGGGCCUCUAACACAUACGCCUACUUCAAGAAAGAGGAGAUCGAGGACCUCUGCAGGUCGUGCGGCCUGAUCAACUACUCCUGCAAUGUGGACCGCGCCUUCAUCAUGUUCUCCGCUCAGAAGCGUUGA